CCUCGCACUCCGAGUCCGCCGGAGGAGCCGGGCCCCGGCCGCUGUCCAGCCGCUCCGUGCCGCCCCGCGCGCCCGGUGCCGCCGCCUCUCGGGGAGCCGCUCGCCAUGGAUGCCUCCAGGGUCCUGCUCUCGGCCGUCUUCCUCGUCAGUUUCCUGUGGGAUCUGCCGGGAGUCCAGCAAGCUUCCAUCUCUUCCUCCUCGUCAUCCGCCGAGCUGGGCUCCGCCAAGGGAAUGCGAAGCCGCAAGGAAGGAAAGAUGCCGCGGGCGCCGAGAGAGAAGGCCACGGCCCGGGCGCCCCUGGAUCGCCAGGAGCCCCAGCCGAGGCCGCAGGGGGAGCCCCAGAGGCGGCCGCCCCAGCAGCCCGAGGUUCGGGAGCCCCUCGGCGGGGGCCCGCGCGUGGUGCCUCACGAGUACAUGCUGUCAAUCUACAGGACUUACUCCAUCGCCGAGAAGCUGGGCAUCAAUGCCAGCUUUUUCCAGUCUUCCAAGUCGGCCAAUACGAUCACUAGCUUUGUAGACAGGGGACUAGACGAUCUCUCGCACACUCCUCUCCGGAGACAGAAGUAUUUGUUUGAUGUGUCCACGCUCUCAGACAAAGAAGAGCUGGUGGGCGCGGAGCUGCGGCUGUUUCGCCAGGCGCCCGCUUCGCCCUGGGGGCCGCCGGCCGGGCCGCUCCGCUUGCAGCUCUUCGCCUGCCAGUCGCCCCUGCUGCUGGAAGCGCGGAGCCUGGACCCGCAGGGGGCGCCCCGGCCCGGCUGGGAAGUCUUCGACGUGUGGCGGGGCCUGCGCCCCCAGCCCUGGAAGCAGCUGUGCUUGGAGCUUCGGGCCGCGUGGGGCGGCGAGCCGGGCGCCGGGGAGGCCGAGGCGCGCGCGCCGGGGCCCCAGCAGCCGCCGCCCCCGGACCUGCGGAGUCUGGGCUUCGGCCGGAGGGUGCGGACCCCCCAGGAGCGCGCCUUGCUCGUCGUGUUCUCCAGGUCCCAGCGCAAGACCCUGUUCGCCGAGAUGCGCGAGCAGCUGGGCUCGGCGACCGAGGUGGUCGGCCCCGGCGCGGGCGCCGAGGGGUCGGGGCCGCCGCCGCCGCCGCCGCCGCCGUCGGGCACCCCGGACGCCGGGAUCUGGCCGCCCUCGCCGGGCCGCCGGCGGCGGCGCACGGCCUUCGCCAGCCGCCACGGCAAGCGGCACGGCAAGAAAUCGAGGCUGCGCUGCAGCAAGAAGCCCCUGCACGUGAACUUCAAGGAGCUGGGCUGGGACGACUGGAUUAUCGCGCCCCUGGAGUACGAGGCCUACCACUGCGAGGGCGUGUGCGACUUCCCGCUGCGCUCGCACCUGGAGCCCACCAACCACGCCAUCAUCCAGACGCUGAUGAACUCCAUGGACCCCGGCUCCACCCCGCCCAGCUGCUGCGUGCCCACCAAAUUGACUCCCAUCAGCAUCUUGUACAUCGACGCGGGCAAUAACGUGGUCUACAAGCAGUACGAGGACAUGGUGGUGGAAUCGUGCGGCUGCAGGUAGCGGCGCCUUCCUGCCGCCUCGGCCCGGGAUGGCCCGGGGGGAGGUCCGACCGCGGAGAGGCGGAGGGGAGCUGGCCUCCGACGAGGCGGAGAGCGGGGCCGCAGCCUGGACUUUUUUCGGCUGGUGGGAGACCAGGGAGUUCUGCCUUCCCAGAACCUUCCACCUGCCUGCCCAGAGGGAGAGACGGAAUUUCACACCUUGCCCGGGGGGCCAUCCUGGAAAAACCAGCCAAGGAGGAUUUCUUCAGUUUUUUUUUUUUUUUUUUUUUUUUGGUCGUUUUUAGUGUGGGUUUGGGUUUCCUCGUGUGUCUCCACAGAUUUCCAUGGGAGGUGGGGGAAGGGGGGACGCGUACCUAUUUCUCAACUGCUCCAAGGAUUGGGUGGGAGGGGGUGGUUAAUAGUUUAAGAGGGGAACCUGUGGAAGGAAGACUCACCUUCGACCACAUCUCGGUCGGAUUGUUUUCUACUUGUGUAAAGGAGGUGAGUCUUUCUGGCCCUGUUCAGUGACCCCGACCCCGCGCCCCUGCAGAAAGUGUUAAGGUAGAGGUAUUACAAAGUCAGAAGGGGUCCUCCCUUGGAAGAGCUUUGCAAGACAAGAGGCGGAUGCAAGCGGGCCUUUGCCGCUUGCUUGUAUACCCAGCUCUGCCCCGGCCUCUUCGGGUAUAGAGAAGUGGCAACCUGCAUCUCACUCCAGGGGGCUCAGGUCACCGCCUUCACUGGCUUUUUCUGGGGGAAAGGGGAGCUGGUAUGGAUGGAAUGACAAGAAUGAGUCCAAAUGGAACCCCCUGAAGGAUAAUGAGACACCACAAGACCAGCCUCUGACGGGCUGACACCGAGGUGCCUUGGCCCAGGCUGGAGGUAACCUAUGGAAAAGCCCUUCCCCAUGUCUGUUUCUCACUGAUUUCUUUAGGCAGAAUUUGCCAAAAUUCAGACAUGCCCUUUGAAGGGGAAGGAGAUUUCAAAUUAAAAAAAAAAAAAAAAAAAAAGGCAGAACUGGGGAACUU